CGAUUGGUUCCAUUAUCCUAUUUCAAUUUGUGGUGUUCGAGCGAACAAGCUUCUUCAGAGCUGCUACUUCUUCUGCUUCUUCCUCCAAGAAAAGAAGAGGAGAUGCACUUUACGUUUGCCUGAAUUGCACCCACUCUCUGAGCUUCCAUGCCUUUGUUUGAGAUUACGAAUGCGCAACUAUCCUUCCGUUAUUCUCUGACGUUGAAGGCCCCAAUGCCGUACCAUGCGCCCAGAGGCUCCUGGAUUUGCUUGGACAGCCUUUGGAACAGAAAGGAUGCUAAGCUGAAUGUGAUUAAGGCUGUUGCCACCUUCGAACCUAACACUGUCGCUGCAAAACCACACUCCAAUCACUUGGAUGUAGUUCCUCUAACCCCUCCUUCCUUUGACCUUCAAUUUUCCGACCAAGAAACCCAACAACCUCAACCCGAUGACAGGGAGCGGUUGAGAAGAAUGAGGAUAUCCAAAGCUAAUAAAGGAAAUACGCCCUGGAACAAAGGAAGAAAGCACUCUCCUGAGACUUUACGCAAAAUCAAAGAAAGAACAAGGCUCGCGAUGCAGAACCCUAAGAUCAAAAUGAAGCUCAGUAAUCUUGGCCACUCACAAACCACAGAAACAAGACUGAAAAUUGGUGCUGGAGUGAGAAGGCGAUGGGAAGAGAGGCGUGAAAAGAAGAAGGCAGCGGAGUCUUGCUGCUUUGAGUGGAAAAAUUUAAUUGCAGAAGCUUCUAGGAAAGGCUUUGUUGGUCAGGAAGAGCUGCAGUGGAAUUCUUAUGAAACCUUGGAUGAGCAGCUGAAGCAGGAGUGGUUGAUGAGUGUUGACCAAAGGAAACAAAUGAUAAAGACAUCAGGUGGCAAAAGAGCACCCAAGUCCCCUGAGCAGAGAAGGAAAAUUGCAGAAGCCAUUAGUGCGAAAUGGGCUGAUCCUGAAUACCGUCAAAGAGUUUAUUCUGCAUUGUCCAAGUAUCAUGGCACUGAAGUUGGAGCUGAAAGGAAAGCUAGAAGAAGGCCAAAAGAUGAUACCCAACCUACGAAGAAGAAACCUACAAAAAAAAGAGACACUGUUACUAGUACUCAUGUUAAGAAUGACUCAAAAACCCAUAAGCCCAUCCUGUUGAAAAAAAGUAAAUCCCCAGCCUACAAGGAUCCUUUGGUGAAUUCUAAGCUUGAAAUGAUAAAGAAUAUUAGAGCACAGAGAGCUGCUUCGGAAACCACACAAAUUCAAGCCAUUGAACGAGCAAGACUAUUGAUUGCUGAAGCUGAGAAAGCUGCCAAGGCACUGGAGGUUGCUGCGACAAAGAGUCCUUUUGCACAGUCUUCUUUGAUAGAGACCAGAAAGCUUAUAGCUGAAGCUAUUCAAUCACUGGAAUCCAUUGAUACACAAGCUAUAACUGACAGUAAUCUUCCUUCGGUUGGUUUGAGUGAGGUCAAUCAAGAAAAAGAAUCAGCAUCUGAAGUUCUAAACCAAUCAAAAUUGGCCCCAGUAAAUGGACACACAACAUUAUCAUCAAUGGACUACAAGUUCUCUGAAAAUUUUAGCAAAUUUUCCUUGGAGAAGCCAGUUAAUGGUGAACCUGAACUUCUCCUAACCAAUGGCUGCGCAUCCUUACCUUUUAGUUUGAAUGGUCAGAUAAGCGAGUCUAGUCCAUCUAAUCAACAAAGGGAAGCUGAACAGGAUCAGAGAAGUGAAUACGAAACAGAGCCUUCUCCAAUAGUGAUGGGAAUUCAGUCCCUUGAAAAUGAGACAGUGUCUAGAUCACCUAUAGUAGUAUCUAAAAGAUGGGUUCGCGGAAGGCUCGUUGAAGUGGCUGAAGAGAAACAAUAAAAUGGGUAAAGCUUAGCUCAGUUUUCAAGCAUUAAUACAAUGCAAUGUCACAUUGUUUGUUGCAUGUUAUAUAGAUCAUAAAUGCCACAAAUAUUUUCUGCUUUAAUAGUGUGAUCAUUGCAUACUCAUCCUUUCACUCUUUGAAAUCAAGCAAGAGGUGAGUUCAAUCAGCCUCGCAACAGCCAACUACGUGUAGACAGAUCGAGGAAGACUAAAAUAGCAAUCACUAAGGGCACACUUCUAUUAGGUCACAGGAUACUUCUCUUAAUCAUGUUACAUUAAACUAAGUUAAUCAUAUGAUUGUUUUGUUACUUUACAGCGUAUGAGUUGAUUCUGUGAGUAAUUUGUAUUGUAGUUUUGUAGCCAUUGCACAGUUGAGCCCAAGCUGUGGCCAUUUUCCCUUCGGCAGGAGAAUCCAUUACACCGGGGAUCCCACCCGAAUCAUUAAGAGUAGAGCAGUGUUUAUUAAGGGUCAACCAAAUUUUCUUUUGUUUUCAAAUUCGCCCUUCAACUAAUGUAUGGCAAUUGACCAAAACUUCCAUAGAUUUGCUCCUUUUCAGUGGUACUGUUUU